GCUUCGUAUCUGACUGUCUUCUUCUCAUUAGGCAAACAUCAACAUCAAUACCAUCAUCAGACAAACACCAUCACUACCAUGUCCUCCCUCGCCCCAGCACCCCAACCCAUCGGCGUGUUCCCCCAGUUCCUUGCCGCAGGCCCAGAAACACUCGUCCUCAAAGAAAAAGUCAUCUCGCUCAGCGGCGACAGUUUCAGCAUCAAGCUCGCGAAUGGCACGCCAGUCCUCCAAGUCGAAGGAAAGGUCAUGAGUCUGACUGGUCGUAAAAAGAUGUUCGAUAUGCAAGGAAACCACCUGUGUAGUAUCGUGAAGGAGCACUUCCAUCUCCAUUCCACGUAUGUAGUGGAGAGUGCGAAAGGGGAUAAGAUUAUGGAGGUCAAGAGUAGUUUUAAACUACUCGGAUCCAAAGCGACAGCGACAUUCACUUCCUCGAAUGGGAAACAAGAAGUUCUCACCAUGCGCGGCAACUUCUUCGAUACUCAGGCUGAUAUUCUAGAUGAAGCACAAGGCGGUCUGGUAGUCGCCCGUAUCGACCGCAAGAUUCUUAGCGGCAAAGACAUAUUCUUCGGCCAACAAACUUACGGUGUGCAAAUAGCACCAGGAGUAGACAUGGCUCUCAUUGCUGCACUGUGCAUCUGUCUUGAUGAGAAGAACAACGAGGGCUAGAAGAACUCGCGAAGAAGGAAGAAGGUGCCGCUUGUCAUGUCUUUGACGAACAAGGCGACUAAAGGGAGGAGUAAGACAUGGAUGGAUGCAGCGACCAAAGGAAGGAGUGGGAGCUGGUUUGAGAGGGUAGAGGGCGUGGGUAUGAGGAGAGGCACUUGGUGAGGAGAUUGUUGUGUUGCUUAAUUUAUAUACCCUUGGCGCUGAACGUAUCAUGACACUCUUCUGUCUGCUUUUUUAUCUACCUCCGGCUGGCGUUGAUGCGCAGGAACCAGUGCUUAGUUGUUCAAGGACUAGAUACAAAUCACCAAAUAAGGAGGAAAAGUGAAGUAUAUGAU